CGUCCUUAGUUUAUUACAAAGUAGCAGUACAACUCGUUGGCAAGAGUCUUCAAUUCUUAUUCGCUUCUUUCUUUCUUUUUUUUUUAGUUCUGCCACAUCCGUCUCUUUCGCGCAUUAAUCGACAUCGCGAUCAUUUCCUAUGCGACUUUCGAAGUGUUGCUAGUGUUCAAGUUAAAAAGUCUUUUUUUGUAAGCACCGCUUGCAAAGAAUAAUCAAUUGUACUGGGUGAUGCUAUAAUCUGCUGAAAUUUUUACAGACGUAAGAACGGAAAAGUGAGUGUCGUGUUUCUCGAGAAGGACAGGAUGGCCUUCGUCAGGGUGGCUUCCACUUUACUUCUGGGUUUCUGGUUCUGGGUCGUCUUUGUAUCGUGCGAAGAUCAAAACAUUACGGAAAUCAACAGCGGGCCUAAUGAGCCCGAUUUUCCCACUCCCGAAUAUGUACUUCCGUGCAGCAGAAAAGACCCAAAGAUCGAGUCGUGCUUUCUUAGCUCGCUCGCCCAUAUUCAGCCGUAUUUAGUGAAAGGUAUCCCGGAAUUGGAUGUGCCUCCAAUAGAGCCAUUGGUGAUUCCCGAACUGAAAAUGGAAAAUGGUCAAGGUCCAGUGCGUGUUAGAGCAAUUUUCACUAACAUCACUACAAUAGGGCCAGGAAACUACAGCGUCAACAAAGUGCGAAUAAACUUAUCAUCGUAUAGGUUCGACUUACAUAUGUCUUUGCCGAAGAUCGAUAUUCAUGGUAGCUAUGACAUCAAUGGGAACGUACUUCUCUUCCCCAUACAAAGUAAAGGCGAUUUCUGGGCAUUGUUCGGCGACGUAAAAGCAAUUGCUCGCAUGCAAGGUGUCGAAGAAGUAAGGGACGGUGUUCGGUACAUGAAGGUCUCUCGAUUGCUAAUCGACUUCUCUCUCGGUCGAGCCAGAUUUCGCAUAAAUGAUCAUCUGAACGGCAACAACGUGAUCGGCCAGGCGAUGAAUCAAUUCCUGAAUCAGAACAUCAAAGAGAUAAUUGAAGAAAUGAGACCGGCGGCAAGCGCAAGUAUCGCUAAGUAUUUCAAGGACUUCUUGAACAAAGUUUUGAACAGAAUGCCUUUGAAAGUUUGGUUACCCGAUGCGUAAUAGUUCCCAAUUUUCAUAUAAAGUUCAUACGUGUUGUCCAUGACUGCAUUAUACUUCACAAAACAAGCAUGCAUUUCAUGACUGCGAAAAAGUAUCGCAAAAUUAGUGAUGGAAUAGAUAAAUUUUACAAGUAAGUAAGGUUCAAAUUUGUUUGCGUCAUUUCAAAUUCUCUAUGAUUACUUCGAAAAAAAAGUAUACUUUUAAACAGAUUUGAACCUGAACGAAAUAAGUUCGAACCUUCUAUGAGUAUUAUGAAAAACAAAAAAUGUUGUUUUCAAGUGGACUCGAAUCUGGAACAAAUAUAUUCGAAUUCUUUCUAAGUACUUUAGUAGAAACUUUCAAUUUUAUUCUUAGAGUUCGAGUAUUAAUUGUAAAAAAUUCAAUCGUUUAUGAUAGAAAUUACUUAUAAGUACAUUUCAAAUCCUUGCAAAUACUCAUUCGAAAAUUCAAAAGUAACUAGUCGAUAUUGAUUACUUCGCAAGUACAAUGUGUGAAAUAUUAUUUCAUAUAACUAUUGUAAAUUUUAGAAAAUAAAAUUCGAUUAUUGAACUUGACUCAGAUUUUUAAGUACGUAUUGAAUUUGAUUUAUUUUAUGAUAAUCCACUCUAAGAAUAAUUCCUACUAUAAUAAUAGAUAUAUUGCAUAAGUCAUAUUUUGUUAAGUUUAUAAUUCAUAAGAGAUAUCUACAUACAUUAAUUAUACAUAUACACACAUAAACUAUUAUUCAAAUAACAAAACCGAUUUUUUGAAACGUAAUUCACACAUAUUUUAAGUUAAUAUUCUAAGUAACAAAAUGACAUCAUAAUGACGGUAAUUUUUUAAGUGACCAAUUAAGUGUUCUAAAUUAAGUCUUAUAAGCAACAUUUAUUUUUAAAAAAUGCAUGCAUAAUUUUUCGAAAAAACUACAAUUAUUUAAAAAAAACUACUUUAAGACGAUUUCAAAAUAAUAUUUUUAACUAGUAUAGAAAAUGUUGUUUAUAAACGUUCAUUAUUAGUCACCGACAUCAUAGACUAAAAAUUUACGUCAUUAUGUUGUCUUUUGACAUUACUAUGCUACUUGGGAUUUAAUACGCACCUUUGGACGUUAAUGUCUGCAUAUUUCUUUCUUUUUAAGUAUAUUGUCAGUUAUAAUUAGUUAUAACGCGUAUGUAAUUGUUUAUAAAUAUGCAACUUUAAAAUACUUUGUAGAGAUGUUGAAGUAUAUGUAAAAGUUGUGCUUAAUAACUCUUUAUACUUGUAAAAGUUAUAAGAAUUAACAAACACAAACGAUCCAUGCAUGAUAAAGACUCGGAAAAAAAUGUAUAUUUAGUAUGCUAAAGUAAAAAAUUUUUACAAUUUUUUUUACAUUUAAACUGAUUUAAAAGUAUCGAAUUUAGGUCGACAAUGUAAACGUUUCCUAACUUCAUGUUUUUAAAUUUGUUAAAUUUGAAUUGUUAAAUUUCAUCGUUAACUGACAAAAUAAUAUGUGAUUUACAAACAUAUUAUAAUUAUGUUAAGUGUUCAAUGUUUUCAUUAUUAGAUUAUUGCCUUGCGAUUUAUUAUAUUAUAAAGUGUAUUAUUGCAAACAUAUAACAUAAAAAUAUAAUUUUUAAACUGUAUUGAAUGAUUAUAUUUAGUUAAGUAAGUAUGAAUAAUUGUCAUAUAUUUGAACUACUUUCCAACGAAAUAAAGAAAUAUGUCUACCUCGAAAUAAAUAAAAAGUUAAUCGUAAUAA